AUGUUAAAGAUGAGGAUUUAAUUGAAAUUUUUACUAAUUAGGGAACUGAAUCAUUAUGCUCGUAUUAUUCUUUAUUGUAAUUGGAAAUAGUAUAAAAGGAAUUACUAAACCAAUAUGUAAUUGAUUAAAUUAUUUCUAGUUAUAUUUCAAGGGCAGCAUUAGUUGAAUUUUAUAAACCUAUCAAUAUCAAUUCUAAUAAAUUAUGCAUUUUGAAGUUAUUAAUUAACUUUCCAUAUGGAACACAAGAUCAAAAGAAGAAUAAGCAGUUAUUACUAGAUAUAAACAGGAAGAGUUAUGAAUAAACAUUUAAAGUAAAAAGCUUUAAAUAUUUAAAUGGCCAUUAAAGAAGUAAGUUCAUCUAUUAAAGGUACAUUUCAAAAAGUAUCUCUUCUAAGUUGCAGGAAAUCUUAAAUCUUCUCAAAUUAUGA